AUGGAGGUAUUAUCAGAUACUUUUACUUAAAAAAAUAAGUUCCCGAGAUGGCGUAAGAGUUAAGUUUGUUUGUUUUUGAUGCUUUCGGAUUGGUUUACACUUACACUUACACUUACAGCCACACACAAAAAAAAAAGCAAGAUAUUUAUUGAUUGAUUAUUGAGAGAGGUGGGCAGCAAGCAGUAAACGAAUUAAGAUGGGGCCAGCAGCAGCAGCAACAAGUGGAGCAAGUUUUUGCGUUUGUGCUGCAUCAUCAUCAUCAUCAUCAUCAAGCUUCGCAAAGCCUCUCCUCCAUCCUCGUUCGUCACUGCCAUUUCCUUCCAAGACCAUUAUAUAUAAAAAGUGCAAAUUGAAUCUUCAAACCUCAGUUCAAGAUACUGCAGACUCAAAAGUAUCAUGUAGCGUACUGAAUGUGGAAAGUGGGAUAAAUGAUGACGCAUGUGAAUUAGUCAGUGGAGAGGAGCUUUCGCUGGAGGAUGGCGAUGAUAAUAUUCAUGCUUAUCUGUUCAAGGCAGUCAAGAAUAAUAAUGGAACUGGCCUAUUGCUUCUUUCAGAUAUUUAUGGUUUUGAGGAUUCCUUCACAAGAGAUUUUGCGUAUCGGGUAGCUUGCAAUGGUUUCAACAUUCUAGUUCCAGACUUAUUUCGCGGAAAUCCAUGGACAAAGGACCAGCCAAACACUCUGUUUGAACAGUGGAUUGCUAGACAUAACCCUGAGAGGAUUGCAAAAGACAUUACUGCAUGGACAGAAUGGCUGGCUGAUGAAUUCAUGACUGCAGGAGUUUCCAAAAAACUUGGCAUAAUUGGUUUUUGCUUUGGAGGUGGUCGAGUGUUAGAGGUGCUAGCCCAAGACCAAGGUGCUUGUUUUGGUACUGGAAUCUCCUUUUAUGGUACAAAGAUAGAUCCCCUUAUUGCUUCUGAUGUAAAAGUUCCUGUCUUGUUUAUUUUAGGGGACAAUGACCCAUUUUGUACUGUAAAUGAGAUAAAAAAUAUUCAAAUGAAAAUUGAUAGAGGCUCCAAAGUAGUGAUAUUCCCAGGUAGAGGUCAUGGAUUUGCCCACCGACCUGGAUCUCUGGAAGAUGAUGAUGAUGCUGAACAAGCCUAUGUAAUCAUGAGAGAUUGGAUAUAUGAAAAUUUGGUGGUGUAAAAAUUAAAUGCUUUCAGACUAUGUAAAUAACUGUAUCAGCAUUUGCGACUUAACAUGCAUAUGAUUUUUGAGGUUGUAAUGAACUUUCCUAUACAUUGUUUUGUGAUCAUUAUGAAUCCAAUUUUAUUUUACUUUA